GCUGGGUGACAGCAGCAGGCGACAGGAAGACUUUUAUUCUGAAGGACGUGGUUACCGGAAGUAGUAGUUUGUUGUCAUUACCGGAGCGUGUCUGUGUCCUCCGGUGAAAUAACCGGUAAACUGUACUAUAAACAGCGUAGAAAGUGUGCGCGCGACGUUAAACGGGUGAGAGCAGCUUCGCAGCAGCCGUGUGGCGGGAAACGGACGCUGUUACCGGUGUGGAGCGGCGCUUCGAGUCACAGUCACGGAAGUUGUCGGCUAACGUUGCUAGCUGCUGUGAUUAGCUCGGCUGACAGGAUUAGCUCGGGGCUGAGGACACUGGCGGAGGGCUCGAUGGCAGCGAGGAGGAGCGAGCCCGGGGAGCCGUGAAGGUGAGCCUUGUCACCCGGCCUACCUGCUCACAGCCGCACGUCUGCCACGUCAGAGGACUGCGUCACCUGUGCAGGAUGCUCCAGGGGCCGUACAGCAGCCUGGACCGGGACCGGCUCCUCAUCCGGCUGCCGUUCAAAAGCUUCGCCGUGGGGACGGUUCUGCUGCCAGUGACCGGCUUCAUCGCCUGCAUCUUCAUCUCCCUCUUGUACCACUAUGAGGACGCGACGUACACGCACUGUAAGGUGUCCAACUACCUCCCGUCCAUCAGCUCCGCCAUCAGCCGUGUGCCGGAGCGCUACAUCUGGCGCGGCUGCAUCGGGCUGCACUCGGCGCCGCGGUACCUGGUGGCCUUCGCCUACUUCAGCUUCUACCGCAGCCGCUUCGCCAACAGGCUGCUGGAGCUGCUGCUGAGCGGGCUGGCGCUCCUCUGCAGCCUCGCUGAGAACACCGGCCUGGUGAUGCUCACGUACGUGUCGUCCACGGAAACCUACAGUGUUCAUAAGUACGGGUUCAUCACGUUCAUAGGGAGCUCGCUGGUGCACAUGCUCAUUACGUGCCGGCUGUGGUACGUCAUCAAGAGACACUACGUGAGCCCAGAGGAAGUGACAUCAUAUCGCUGGAAGCUGCGUCUCUUCCUGUUCAACAUCAGCUGCUGUGUGAUCGCCGCCUACUUCUUCAGACGCCACAACAAAUACUGUGAAGCAGGAAUCUACUCCCUGUUCGCCGCCUUCGAGUACCUGGUGGUCUUCUCCAACAUGGCCUUCCACAUGACGGCCUUCUGGGACUUUGGGAGCAAAGAGGUGACCGUGGCCACGCCGCCGGAGGACAAACGAUACUGAGCUGGAGGGGCGGGGAGUUUCUACCAUUUCUGAACUCAUGAACAGAGAGAGGAGUCUAAUGACAUCAUUCCAACGACAUCCCUGACCUUCGGAGCGGGACGGCGUGAUGGACACGUGGACCAGAGUUCUUCUUCUCUUGUUGUUUCUCUAGUGCGCCUGUGUCUUUAAAUUGUCAGAAAUGAUGCGUAUUGAUGAUGUCAUUGAUGGAUCAGCCCACUGUGAUGAUGUCACACUUGUUUGUUUACAGAAACAGCUGAUCAGGGUUUUAAUGGUUUUAUUUCCACACAGAUAAAAACAAUCACAGACGCCUCAGAGACAGAAUAAAUGUGAUGAUGAUGAUUUCAUGGUGGUGUUCUAAAUCCUCGUCGUCACCUGAUGUGUUUAGUUUAUAAAAACAAAAAAAGCUUUUCCAAAGUGGACGAUGAAUAAACGCUGAAGGAGAAAGUGUUGGAAAUAUAAAGUAUAGAAAUAAAAA